GGGACAGGGCAGAGCUGCGCUGAGUGGGGCUGAACUAGUCCAGAGCACUGUUAAGUAGAGAGAGAGGUUGAUAGGAAAACAGAGUGAAAGCGGGAUAGAGAGAGAGAGAGAGAGAGAGUCAGUGCAGAUUGUGCUUACCAAGCAGACUGGAUUAACAGCUGAAACAAACUGGACCUGUUUUUCUCUCUUUAGCUGAAGGUAGAGACUCAGCGACAGCGUGGAUGGCAGUUUAGACAGAGCUGCAUGCUGGUUAGGUACCAGGACAGAACAACUAUGGCGGUCGUACCAAGACCCUCUGACUCUUCCUCGCAUUUAGUAUGGUGAAGAUCUCUUCUUUGUGCUUAGUUUGGUUGAGUUUACCUUGGACUUGCUGGUGUUGGAGGCUCACUUGCAGUGACAUUGACCCGUAACCCCCAACUCUGCUUUGCAGGUUCUGCCUCCCCUGGAGUUGGACUCUAAUUUUGGCUUUUGACCCCUGGAACAGGAAAGGGUUUUUUGAUUUGGCAAGAGGGACGAGACCUGCUGAGAACCAGUCUGGACUGACCCACCAGCAUUUAUUCAUAAUCGCUGGACAACAACAUUUUCUUCUGCUACACCAGAUCUGAGACGGACCGCACUGGACUGGAGGCGUGUGUUUAAAGGACCUCUCUGGCCUCUAUUGCCCCAGGACCAUGGGCUCUCUCUGGGGCAGCAUUACGCUGCUGUGUGGGGUGGUUCUGCUCAGGACGGAGGGCAGCGGAGCCCAACAGACCAAGAACAACGUCCCCCGGCUAAAGCUCUCCUAUAAAGACAUGCUGGAGUCUAACAACCUUGUGACGUUUGAAGGCCUGGCCAACAGCUCGGCGUACCACACCUUCCUGUUGGACGAGGAGAAGGGAAGACUGGUGGUGGGAGCCAAGGACCACAUCUUCUCCUUUAACCUCCUCAACAUCAGCAGAGACUACGCACAGAUCCCUUGGCCCGCUUCUCCCACCAGAAGAGAUGAAUGCAAGUGGGCAGGAAAAGAUCUCUCGAGGGAGUGCUCAAACUUCAUCAAGGUGCUGCAGCCGUUCAACCAGACCCAUCUGUACGUGUGCGGGACAGGAGCCUUCCACCCUGUGUGCUCCUACCUGGAGGUGGGCAAGAAACCAGAGGACAGCGUUUUCAGACUGGACCCUCUCGUAGAAAAUGGCCGUGGGAAGAGUCCCUACGAUCCCAAGUUGCUCACUGCCUCCAUGCUAAUUGAUGGAGAACUGUAUGCUGGGACAUCAGCUGACUUCAUGGGGCGGGACUUUGCUAUCUUUCGCACUCUUGGAAGGCAUCACCCAAUCAGGACGGAGCAACAUGACUCCCGGUGGCUAAACGAUCCCAGGUUUGUGGGCGUCCAUCUGAUUCCAGAGAGCGACAACCCAGAAGACGACAAAAUCUACCUGCUCUUCAAAGAGAACGCCAUGGACGGAGAGCACGCUGGGAAGGCCACACAUGCUCGCAUCGGACAGCUCUGCAAAAAUGACCUGGGAGGUCACAGGAGUCUGGUGAAUAAGUGGACCACCUUCCUGAAGGCUCGACUUAUUUGCUCCGUGCCCGGCAGUAAUGGAAUAGACACACACUUUGAUGAACUACAGGAUGUAUUUCUCAUGAGCACAAAGGAUCCUAAGAGCCCGAUCAUCUAUGCAGUAUUCACCACUUCCAGCAACAUCUUCAAAGGUUCAGCUGUGUGUAUGUACAGCAUGACGGACAUCAGGAGAGUGUUCCUGGGUCCUUACGCUCACAGAGAUGGACCCAACUAUCAGUGGGUGCCCUUCCAGGGACGCGUCCCUUACCCGCGGCCCGGCACAUGCCCGAGCAAGACGUUUGGAGGGUUUGACACAACCAAGGACCUUCCUGAUGAAGUCGUAACCUUUGCCAGAAGCCACCCGGCCAUGUUCAACCCCGUCUACCCCAUCAACAAUCGACCAAUCAUUGUCAAAACAGACGUGGACUACCAGUUCACCCAGAUAGUGGUGGACAAAGUAGAAGCAGAGGACGGCCAGUACGACGUCAUGUUCAUAGGCACAGACAUGGGGACGAUACUGAAAGUGGUGUCCAUCCCCAGAGGCUCCUGGCACGACCUGGAGGAAGUCCUACUGGAAGAAAUGACCGUCUUCAGAGAGCCGACAGCCAUCACAGCGAUGGAACUUUCAACAAAACAGCAACAACUGUACCUGGGCUCAGACAUCGGUGUGUCCCAGAUGCCUUUGCAUCGGUGUGAGGUUUAUGGGAAGGCUUGUGCCGAGUGCUGCCUGGCAAGGGACCCUUACUGUGCAUGGGACGGCACCGAGUGUUCCAGAUACUUUCCCAUGGCCAAGAGGAGAACAAGGAGGCAAGACAUCAGGAAUGGAGACCCACUCACACAAUGCUCAGAUCUGCAACACCAUGAUGAACUGAGUGGGCAGACGACUCUCCUGGAUAAAACUGUGUAUGGUGUGGAGAAUAGCAGCACUUUCCUUGAGUGCAGUCCCAAGUCGCAGAGAGCCCUGACAUACUGGCAGUAUCAGCGCUCCGCUGACGACCGCAAGCAAGAGAUCCAAUCAGAAGAGCGUUUCAUCCGCACAGACCAGGGCCUACUGAUCCGCACACUCAACAAGAAGGAUUCUGGGAUCUAUCUGUGCCAGGCGGUGGAGCACGGCUUCAUGCAGACGCUUCUGAAGGUGACCUUAGAGGUCAUUGACACCGAGCGCCUGGAGGAUCUGCUUCAUCGCGACGAAGCGGCCAGCGUCCCCAGCGUCCCCGCUCAGGAUCCCUCCCCGCCUCAAGAAAGUCCCAAUCAGAAGCUGUGGUACAGAGACUUCCUGUCUUUGGUCAAUCACCCGACUCUGAACAGCGUGGACGAGUUCUGCGAGCAGGUGUGGAAGAGGGAGAGAAAGCACCGGAGGCAGAAAGCUCACCUGGUGCAGCAAGUACAAAUGCACCAGCAGCACCAGCAGAAGGUGGCGAACCCUCGCACACACGUGCACGCUCAAGGGCUGGCAGCCAAGUGGAAACACCUGCAAGACAGGCAGAAGGGACGCAACCGCAGGACCCAUGAACUGGAGAGGGCCCCCCGCAGCGUCUGACCUAUAACCCUUUGACUUUUAACGCCUGAACCACACCCUCAUUCUGUAACCUUGAUUAACCUUCCCACUGUUCUCCUUCAUACUGAGAUACAGACAUCUUCCACAAAGACUGGAUUGAAAAGUCAAACUGGAAAAAGGUAUCCUGAUCUGCCAGCUGGUGCGUUCUGUGCGUGGGCAGCCAUGUUUACAGUACGACAGCACAGAGGACUGCAGGAAACGGGAUGUUGUAUCACGCAGGACCAUAUUGUCUCAGCUGGCCUCUGUGGCCUGAACACUGCAGAGGGACAGUGUCAACCAGCACAAGAACUGGAUACACACACGCACACACACACACACGCACACACACACACACACACCCUACAGACGUGACUGACUCCACAUUGAGAUGUCAAUGGCAUUGUCUCAUGGCAUGCUAGUUAGCUGUCUUUAUCAGUGUGAAACUAAAAAUACCUGAUCAUUUCUUUUUUUACUUCACAAAUAUGAAAGAAGGAGGGUGUGAUUGUAUUAAAAAAACAGUCUGGAGAGUAAAUGGACUUACAAGCACAAAAUAAGUGAAGCUCAUGGAAAGCACAAACGGGAUACCUUUUGGUAUUAUAGAUGGUUAAAUCGGUCAACGCGAGGAAGAAAAAUGCCCAAGCACUGCAAGAAACUGGGAGCACCAUUUGUCAACAGAUACAACUAUGUAGCUAAGAUGUGUAAAUACUGUAUUCUACGACGUCUCCUCGUACUAAAGGGAAUGGCUUGCAGUCGUCUUGUUGCUUUCUGUUGUUUCCCCAGAUAGAGUUUUAUUUAAGGAAAAAGUCUUUGGAAAGCAGUUGUAAACAGGGAGAUUUUGUACUAGUCUGUGUGUCCAUGCCCUAGAUAAGCUUCCCAAAACAAAGUCAGGUUUUAUUAUUCUGUUUUGUUCAUCUUUUUUUUUUUCUUUUUUGAAUCAUCAGAUUUUCUUCCAGUGUCAGCAGUCGUCACUUUAUAAGGACGUCGGCCAACUGCAUCAUCUCAGUGCAUGAAAUGUCAUACUGAGUUCUUCCACGUUCAUUUGAUUUGUACACACUUUGUUUCCACUAUAUGUGUAUUUAUUGAUAUACAAUUAUGUACAUUGUGAAAAUAAUUUUCGAUGUGCAGGCUUUUUUUUUUUUUUCCUCCUCUCAUUUGGUUUGAUUAAUCUGAUUUACAGGACCAAUCUCUUAAAAUAACUGUAUUAUCACAAAUACUGUAGUAAAACUGGAAGUUAUUUAUCAAUAUUGGUCAAUAUUACAUGCAUUGCAUAUCAAAUGCACUGAGCAAUAACCCAGUAUCCAUACUGUAUUUUUCUCUUCCACAUUCAUUGCCUCAUAUUCUUCACAGGCAGCGCGGUGUGUCAACUUCAUUUCACUGCACGUGACAUAAACAACCUUUUCUGAUUAUAACAAUCCUUUAUUAUACGAUGCACACACAGAAACCUGGAAUGUAGCUGUGAACAUUAUGUAAAUAUAAAUACUAUGGUCUAUGUUUGACACUGUGUACUAGUGCAUGUGAAUACUAUUGUAGUGUUCCCGUUUUUGCUAUAGCGAUGAUAUACUAGUCUGGUGUUGUCACCGUUAUUCUGUUGUUUGCUUAUGCAGUACACGAUAUUAACUAUUUCAAAGAUGUACAUACUAUUUCUGUUAGGACUCUUAACUGUAUGAUUGAUCAUUCCUGAGGUAGGUAUUCAUAAAAAAAUAUAUAUAUAAACAAGAUCUCACUGUGGAUUUAAACAUCCACAGACCCGCUAACAACAACGAACAACAACAGUGUCAGUUGAGCAUUGCAACACUUCAGUAUGUCAGAUGUUUAGUGAGUGUUUGCAAACCUCAUCUGCUUUUUGGGAAGCCGUGACGGAGGAAGAUGAGAAACAGCUGGAGCCGCCCCUCGAGAAAGCGAUUUUAAGGCUAACAAGACAAGUUCAACACCAGAGUUGUGGAACUCUCAGUAGAGAUGUGCAUAUGAUAAGGUCAUCAUUAUAAAGAGAAGAUAUAGGAUGCCUCACUGCAUCUGUCUCGGACAUAUAUUCGGUGAAAGUGAGGAAAUGAAGUGCUGCUGCUGCUUUUUUGGCAUGAUGAUGAUGAUGAUGGUGGUGAUGUAUUCUACUGAUCUAAUAAAUGUCUCUUCAUGAA